UUAACCUUAGCGGUUCUACAAAGAGCUUUACACUGGUUCUCAUUCACCCAUUCACACACAUACACACCCCUACACCAAUAGUAGCAGAGCUGCCAUGCAAGGCGCAAGCUUGCCACUGGGAGCAACUUGGGGUUCAGUGUCUUGCCCAAAGACACUUCGGCAUGUGGAGUCAUGUGGGCCGGGAAUCGAACCGCCAACCCUACGAUUAGUGACUCUACCACAGCCGCCCGUUUUAUGGUGGUACUGUCUCUUUAAGACGCUCUCCAGCGACACAAGCACUGAAGGGGGCGCGAGGCUGCAGCCGUAAGCGUGCGCUGUGUGGAGCAGAGUUCAUUCACGCUGAGAGAGACUGCGCGAGCACGGAGCGCGAGAGAUGCAAACUACCCACGUGAAUUAACAACUCACCAAGAGUCGUUAAAAAAAACCCAACUUAAAUAACGUGGGUGUUUUUGUGUUUAUAAAUGUGUACUUCCUCGCGCUGCUGAAAUAUACAGGACUAGAGAGACAGAGAAAGAGAGAGAGAUGUGUGCUUGAAUGGAGUUAAAUGGACAGAUGGUUAAAGGAUGUCCGGGAGAGUCAGCCUGAGACUGCGGUUUGAGCCGUGAAACAAACAAACAAACAAACAAACAAACUGCUAUAUGUGCAUUGGAUGGAGUUGCUUAUCUUGUUCGGUGUGACUGUUUGGAAGUGACCAAAACACUGCUUUGGAUCGUGUGGAUGCUGAGCGCGCGCUAACGCUCCGGUUCUGUCCCUCUAACCCGCGGAGUCGCGGUAGUGCUGCAGGGGGUGAUGGAGUUUCCCCGGACUUUACAUGCUUUAUCGCUUAUAUGCACGCUCAUCUGCUGUGUACAUGGAUCUCGGGCGAGGUUGGAGGACGCACCGCCACGAAUCGUGGAGCAUCCUUCAGACCUGAUUGUAUCAAAGGGAGAGCCAGCAACGCUGAACUGUAAGGCUGAGGGAAGGCCGACACCCAUGGUAGAGUGGUAUAAAGAUGGAGAGAGGGUGGAGACAGACCGCGAGGACCCUCGCUCACACCGCAUGCUGCUCCCUACAGGUUCGCUCUUCUUCCUCAGGAUUGUGCACGGACGCCGGAGCAAGCCAGAUGAAGGUGUCUAUGUGUGUGUAGCCAGGAACUACCUGGGAGAAGCCGUCAGUCGCAACGCAUCUUUGGAAGUUGCAAUUUUGCGGGAUGAUUUCCGGCAGACCCCUAGCGAUGUGGUGGUAGCAGCAGGAGAGCCAGCUGUAAUGGAGUGCAUUCCCCCACGCGGUCACCCUGAGCCCACCAUCUCCUGGAAAAGGAACAAUGUAAAAGUCAAUGACAAAGACGAGAGGAUCACCAUCCGAGGAGGUAAGCUGAUGAUCUCGAACACGCGAAAGAGCGAUGCAGGGAUGUACGUGUGCGUAGGAACCAACAUGGUAGGAGAAAAGGACAGCGAUCCAGCUGAGCUAGUAGUGUUUGAGAGGCCCAUGUUUGUACGGAGGCCGAUCAAUCAGGUGGUCCUGGCCGAAGAUACUGUGGACUUUCAGUGUGAGGUUCAGGGAGAUCCAGCCCCCACUAUCCGCUGGAGGAGGGAGGAGGGAGAGCUGCCCCGGGGCAGAUUCGAGAUCCGGAGUGAAAACAGUCUGCGGCUGAUGCAGGUUAGAGCGGAGGAUGAAGGAACGUACACUUGCGUGUCUGAAAACAGCGUUGGCAAAGCAGAGGCAUCAGGAACGCUGCAGGUUCAUGUGGGCCCAUCUCUUCCUCCUCAGAUUGUGGUUCGUCCCCGGGAUCAGAUCUCGGCACUGGGACGUACUGUGACGUUCCUGUGUGGCACUAAGGGAAACCCACCACCUGCAGUGUUCUGGCAGAAAGAAGGGAGCCAGAUGCUGAUGUUCCCCAGCCAGCCGCCAGCGCUGUCAGGCCGCUUCUCUGUGUCACUGAGUGGUGAGCUCACCAUUAGCAAUGUACACAGCGAGGAUUCUGGGUAUUAUAUUUGCCAGGCCAUCAGUGUGGCAGGGAGUGUCCUCACCAAAGCCCUGCUGGAAGUGGAAGACGCUCCAUCCGAUCGGGUCCCACCCAUCAUCCGUCAAGGCCCAGCCAAUCAGACGCUUGCUCCUGGAGCCACUGCCCAACUGCAGUGUCAUGUAAUGGGCAACCCAUUACCCAGCAUUCAGUGGGAACGUGAUGGGCAGAGAAUCCUGGGAAAUGAUGAGCGGAUCAGCUUAAUGGAGAAUGACAGCUUACAAAUCACAACCCUACAGGAAACGGACUCGGGGGUCUACACCUGUGUCGCCUCCAGCUCCAGUGGCGAGACCAGUUGGAGUGGAGUACUUACUGUGAAAGAGAGUGUUGAUGUGGCUAUGGCUCCUGUCUCUGAGCCUUACCAGUUGCCCGGGCCACCUCACAAACCUGUCGUGACCGAUGUGACGCGGAACAGUGUGACGUUGACCUGGCAGCCUAACGCCCACGAGGGUGGCUCUGCCGUGACCUCUUACAUCAUCGAGGCCUUCAGCCAGUCCGCAGGCAAUACAUGGCAGACAGUGGCCGACCUGGUGCGAUUUGAAAAGCACACAGUGACUGGCCUCUUCCCCAACACCAUCUACCUCUUCAUUAUCCGAGCAGUUAAUGCCUACGGACUUAGCGACCCCAGUCCGAUCUCAGAGCCUGUGCGCACACAAGAUGUAAGUCCAACAGGACAGGGCGUGGACCAUAGGCAGGUUCAGCGAGAGCUAGGGGAAGUGGCUGUAGAACUACAGCAGCCUGUGCUGCUGACUGCAUCAAGCAUCCGGCUAACAUGGACUGUUGACCGCCAGUCUCAGUAUAUCCAGGGCUAUCGGUUGCUCUACCGUCCAAAUGGUGGCUCCUGGUUUCAGCAGGAUGUGAAAGCAGCCGCUGAGCACAGCACUGUCCUCAAUAACCUGCUCAAAGGCACAGAGUACGAGGUAAAAAUCAGGCCCUACUUCAAUGAAUUCCAGGGCAUCGACAGCCACACACUGAUCCUCCGCACUCCAGAAGAGGUCCCCAGCGCUCCUCCUCAGUCAGUUACUGUGUCAACAGUCACACUCAGCAACAGCUCGAGCAUCAGUGUUUCAUGGCAGCCUCCCCCUGCUGAGAUGCAAAAUGGUAUCAUCCAAGAGUACAGGAUCUGGUGCUUGGGAAAUGACUCUCAAGCACGCUCCCACAUUAACCAGACAGUGGACGGGAAUGUGCUGUCGACGGUGGUGAAAGGUCUGCUGGCCGGCGUCCUCUACCAGGUGGAGGUGGCAGCAGUGACCAGUGCUGGAGUGGGCAUACACAGUCAGCCAGUCCCUGUCUUUAUCAAGUUACCAUCAGAGCUGCCUGUCCCAAAUGGGAGCGGAGACUCAGAUCAGAAUGUCAGUCUUGCUGAGCAGAUCACAGAUGUGGUAAAGCAGCCUGCCUUCAUCGCGGGUAUUGGUGGGGCAUGCUGGGUAAUCCUCAUGGGCUUCAGCGUGUGGAUAUACUGCAGACGCAAGAAGAGAAAGGAACUAAGCCACUACGCCACUUCAUUCGCAUAUACACCAGCAGUUGGCUUUCCUCAUGGGGAAAGCUCAGGACUAAAUGGAAGGCCUGGUGUGUUGGGCUCUAAUAUAGGGAACUACCCCUGGCUUGCGGAUUCCUGGCCCACUACAAACCUUGUGCAUAAUGGAAAAGAUUCAGUCAAUUGCUGUACCUCCAAACAUGACACAGCAGAGAGAUACUACAAUGAGGCUGGCAUCUCCAACUACCUCAACCAGAAUGAGAAGUACAGCAACGGCUCCAACGAGGGCCCCAUCUACAGCACCAUCGACCCUACUGCUGAAGACCUACGCAGCUUCUCUGCCCAGUUCUCUCAGCACACGACGCCCUAUGCUAGCACUCCCAUCAUGCCUUUUACUAACCAGACACCCUGCAGCCCCGACCAAGACGUUGGCCACUGGAUGAACCAACCCGGAACAUCCAGUGUGCAGUACGCUCAGCCAGACCGCUCUAAAGCAGAUAAUGCUAAACAGUCAAAGCAGAAGUCAAUGGGGAAGGCAGUGAAGACUCCGUCUCUGAACUGGAUGGAGCCUUUACCACCUCCACCUCCCUCUUCAGAGUUAGAACACUGUGCGGAUGAUGACGAGGAUGUACAUAUAGAGGACAUGGGCACUGACGAGGAGGACUGGUGUCCACCACUGCCAGAGAGAACCUAUCUAAUGGAUGGUGUAGCAGAGGACGGACCAUGUCCUCCUCCCAGAGGAGAUGCCUCAUCUCCGACCACCUCCUACAGCCACCAGUCCACAGCCACCCUCACACCCUCACCAAGAGAGGAGGCACGGCACUGCAACGACACACCACCACGCCUGCACCAGUCUGAACAACACCAGCUGGGACGACGGUUGCCAUGUGGACUGGUGCCCAUCCCUCGGGCACCGAGCCCUCCCCUCACGCAGUCCAACCCAAACCUGUCAGCCAAUCAGGAGAGCUCUGAGAGCGGCACACCACACCGCGCAGCACACAGACGGGAUUUAAGCCAAGGAGCAGCACAGAGUGUAGAUAAUGUCAAUGCACCAGGACGAGCAAGAACCUCUGCAGGAGAGCAGGUCCAAACUCCUCCUGGCCAGAAGGCUCGAGUAAAGAAGAAAACAUCAAAGACCAGCCAGUACCGCAGGGACAUCAUACAAGGAGACCUGCCUCCUCCUCCAGAGCCCCCUCCUGAGGACGAGGCUGUCCAACUCCCAGCAGGAGACCUGGAGUGUGGACACGCAUCUUUAGAAAGAGACGGGGCCUCGCUGUCCUCCAUGGAGAGGAGAGAUAAAAACACACGCAAGAACUCAGCUCAGAGACGCAAAGAUGAUGAAGACUUGGUCCCUUACAACAAGCACAACAUUCUGUCCCGCAGUCAGAUGUCCAGCAACUGUUCCACAGCAGGAAGUUCUUCGUCGCGAGGCUCGACAGGAUCCAGAGGUCAUGGAAACAGCCGGAAAAGGAAUGAGGAGAUGAGAUAAGUGAAUGCUAGUAAACAAGGGGGAAAAUAAUUCUUCGGUCAACACAGCCAUCAGUAUUCUCUCGUUUUCUUGCCUGAAAGAACAGAUGAGCAGAGAGGAAGAUGAGGACGAGUCUGCAGAUUCAUUACCUGCCUCAUCGCAUACAAAUCAUGGACGUUUCAUUACGUUAUUAUUAUUAUUAUUGUUAUUUAUGACUUUCAUGGGGCCAUUUUUAAUCCCAUUGUCACUGUAAAUAGUCUUCUCUUUAAGCUUUUUACACGGGGUCCAGAUCGAGAGAAAGAAGAAAUAUAUUGUAUUUAUAAGAAAAAGACGUAAAAAGAAAACAUGUCAAAAGGUCCGAUAUAAAUUUACAAAAAAGUUAUCAUCUGAAUGUGCCAACCUCUUUAUUUUUUUUUAUUAUUAUUAUUAUUUAUUUUUUUUUUUUUGUAGAAAUGUACACAGUACUUUUUUUACAUGAUACAUGAUAUUGCACUCUUGUUGUGUUUGGAGAGCAACAAACGAUACAGAGCACAAUAUGUGUUUAAGCUAAGGAGACCGUUAGCUUUCAUUUCCCACUCAGAUAACAUCUGACCAAACUCCACAUUGUAUUUUGUGUGUUAUGGAAGGCUUUCUGUCUGUCUUUUUUUUUCUUUUCUUUUCUUUUUUAAGGGCUGCUUCAGUGACAGUGUGAAAAUGUGUUCCAUUCAGUAAAAAAAAAAAAAAAAAAAAACAAAGGGAAAAAAAUCUGUUCAGCUGACUAACUUUUUGGUAGUCCAUGUUGUUUUGUAAAAAUGAAAUAAAAACACAUUUGGUGAACCAUAUGCGGAGUCGAUUUUAAUUUGAAGAAAUGUUGGAAGCGUUCUCAUCUGAGAACUUCCUUGAAUACUAACAAACAAGUUUACGCGUGGCAAACGAUUACGGCUGUGAUGUUUGAGAGGGAGAAGAAAAGAAUAAAAAACUAUGUAUUUUAUUUAAAACUGAAACGUCCAUGGAGGAGAUUCCUCUGGCAGAUCAGCUCAUGGAAACAAGGCAUGAUGCCACCGGCAUAGCGCUCCAAGCAAGAGCAGCGAGAAGAAAGAGAGGAAAGAAUUUAAAAUGUGACGAGAGAAAAAUGGGUGAAUGAAGGGACAUGAUCUAGUGAGGAGUACAAAAAAAUGCAGAUAGAAGGGAAAGAAGGGGACACGGAGAAAGAAAAAAAAAUUAUUCUCACACACAGCCCCGAGGACACGGAGCAAGAGAUCCGAGACAAGAAAGCGGAGAGUGAACUAGGGAAGAGAAAACUUAAAUGGAAAGUGAGAGGAAGGUAACUGGAGGGUGACGAGCAAAUAGAGAAAAAGAAGUGGAUACAGGAGGAAAAGAUUCUUUUGCUUCCACAUGAGACAUGCUAGCCUGAGGUGAUAUACAGAGAGACAAAAGCAAAAUAAAAAAAUGAAGCAUCAGUCCAACUCAGGAGGCUCGAGUGUGAGGAGUUUCAUAUGGAGUCAAAUCUUGUUACAGAGCUUUAAAUUAUUGGAAGCUUUUCCACUGGACUACAUUUGGAUAGAUUUCCUGCUCUUACUGUAUGUCUAUUAAAUGAGACAGUCUUCUUAACUCUCAGUGUCUUUUAAGUAAGAGUGCUAAUAUGGUGGUGUGUUGCUGACCAACCCUCAGUGCAAGAUUGGACAGUGAUGGCCAAAUUGUGACCUUUAGAAACACACACACACAAUCUCUCUCUCUCUCACACACACACACACACACACAAUAGAGCUUUCCUUACCCAUAAAUCACUAGCUCAUUCAUUAGUUAAGUGUCGUUGCGACACGCCUAUCAGGGCUGGAGGGGAGCAGAGAGCAGUUAAAAUACCGUUCGGCAAU